AUGAACGUUUUAACUGAUUUAUUUGCCUCUGCAGUACAACUCUAUCCAGGUCAGAUGUUUCCAGUGCUCUAUAUUUUCUACUUUUCAUCUUUGAUUCCUCUGCGCAUGGCCAUCAGUCUGCAAUGUGAACCCGCUGAGCAGUCAGAGAGUGGAAAGGCUCUAAAAGGUCACAUCUUUAAAUCGAAAAGGGUACAAGAUCCGUAUGAGUGUCGGAUGUUCUGCUACAGCGAACUCACAUGUCAGAGCUACAAUUACGUCAAAACUGGUAAACUUUGCGAGCUAAAUAACAGAACCAAAGAAGCAAGACCUGAAGAUUUUGUCCGAGACGAAACUAGAUUCUACGUGCGUCGGUGGAAGAACAGAGGUACGGGCAAUAACAUAGUCUUUAAAAUCAUUAUUAUAUAAAAGAUUAGUAAAAACUGAAUAGUUUUCACGGCUGUAAACAUCAAGUUCCUUUCAGUUCUUGGACAAUCACACCUGGUUGGUAUCGUUAAGCCAAAAUUUUCAUCAAUUUAAUAAAUUUUUAAAUUUUGCAUAUGACGGUAACACAUGUUCAGCUAUUUUUGAGGAGUAGAGGUUGUGUUGAAGAGGUGCAAGAUAAACAGACAGACAGACAGAUAGAGAGGAAAGAGGACUUUUUUAAAGCUCAUUCAUAGAUGCCAGGUGUUUUGUACACUAUUAAAAUGUCACUGUAUUCAAAUGUGACUGAUUCCGUCAGCGUUGUCCUGGGACCAGGUUGAAGCUCGGAUAUAUUCCAUAUACAAUUCACACAUCGCUUGUGUAGUUCAUCAGAUCAAAUCAAAGCCUCGCAAUAAUUGGAGUGAGGGGGAUUGGGAGAACGAGUCUCCUCUGUCCAACCGGAGAGUCUAAGACUAAGAGGGAUAAGAAAUUAAUGUGUUUGGCUCACGGCAUUUCUCAAGAUGUUACCUUCAGAGCAUGCGUGUUUUAAACAUUCAAUGAAACUUAGCACAUCAGAUGUAACAUUAUAGUAUUCAAGGAAUUAUUUAAUUGCUCACUGUAUUUUGCAAUUUAAUAUGGUCACAUUGGAAUAUUCUUUGUUAAAAUGAUGCUCGGUUGGUAUUUGAACAUGGCAAUACGAUACAAUCAAGGAAGAUAAUCGUCACCAAAUGAAAAGCAUUCUACUGUUCCUUUUCCAAAGUCUCUUUAGGCUCCGUUCCCGAGAUGCCUGCCGAGUCUUGUGGAGAGAUCAAAGCCAGCGAACAAGGGAUGUCGGUCAGUGGUAGAUAUUGGCUGGAGCCCCAGAAGACAAAAAUGAAAUCCAAAAACUUUCUGGUAACUAAAUUAUAAUUCUUCAUUUUUAAACAAUUCAAGAAAAAUAGAUUUGUACCGUAAAAGUUAGAAUGUUUGGAAUUCAUAAUUCCUUUCUUAUCGACCAUUCACGAAAAAACAACUUUGGAUCAUAAAACGCAAGUUUGGAUGGAAUUUUUAAUUUCUGUGCAGGUUUAUUGUGACAUGGUAUCGAAGGAUGGGGCCUGGACCCUCCUCGCUCGGUUUUCAAACAGUGACACUAAAAACUGGAUGGAUGACUCAGGAGACUGGUGGUAUGACAGUGCUCAAGGUGCAGGAAAAACUGCUGACCCGUCAUACAGCGCAGACAUGAUAUCGCCGGCGUUCUGGCUGGUCAGUGGCAGAGAGCUUAAGAUCACGCGCAAUGAUGACUCUGGACACACUCCUCUAUUGCAAACAACAGGGAAUUGUCUGAGCGGGAAGACAUUCCGUUCCAAAAUUACCAGCUAUGGUGAUUUCAGAAACGGUUCAGUUUGGUCCAAUGGUGAGUGCCUGGGAAAAUGCAAAGUUAAAUAUGGAGGACAAUACCUUACCACCGAGGGCUUUGGACAGGCUUCAUGCAGUGGUGACCUGCAAGGUGCUGAUGAGGUCGGCUUCUGGUGUAACGAAGGCUGGAGUGGUUCUGUGAUCAUGAUUGGAGGAGGCGGAACUGGUUGUUCAGGUGCUGAUCACGGAAUUGGGACAACGGUGGCGAAACUUGCCUCUUUUAAAAUCAAAGAGGAUAACAGAAGAGAAUUUGAUUUUAGCAACGACGUAUGGGGCUCGAUAACUAAAAGUUACUCCUUGAAUUUGUGGAUUCGUUAA